AUGAUCGUGUUUGUACUUGUUCUCCUCCUCACCAUUUUACCACCGUAUUCCUGUGGGUUUUCCUGGGCCAAACUCAGAUCACCGGCAAGGCCUCACAUCGGCACCCAGUUCGAUGAUGUACUGGGUACCGAUGAGAUUGCCAUGAUCUUGCGAAACGCAGAGUCUCUGGAAUCAUACACGCGUGAAAGAGAUUGUUUCCGUCAUGCCGCCGGACGAAUACAGAUGCGAUGCGGGCAGUUGGACAUGGAUGAAGGCGAACGGAUUAAAGCUGCAAUUUCCAUGACGCUCUGCGAACUCGCAACUGCAAAGCACCAUGCCCCCCCACUUGAGUGUGCAUCAUUUGCGCCGGAUGCUGAUACUCCUGACACUUUGUCCUCAACUGAAUCCCUCGGGUGUUGUGUGGACGCGCUCUCGCGGAGUGCACAGUACUGGUCAAGCUACUCUGGAUACCUACGUGAAGUACCGCAACUAUGCUACGCCUUCCGAAGAUGGAACGACAUUGAUACAGCCAGGGACAUAUACAAGAACGCGACAAUUGAGAAAAUGGCUUUGCUCAGAUAUCUGAAUGACCGUGAGAUACGGUUACAUGAAGGAAGCCAGCUUUCAAGACGCAUUCUAUCCGACAUGGAAAGGAUCCUAGAUGAUUUGCGUUUGUCGAUAAUGUCCUCGGAACUUGCCUCUGACAAGAUGAUGAAUGGCAUGCAGGCGGGUCUACAAGAGACCGUAGUCGUAUUGAGAGACGCCCUUUAUGAGGUACUGCAACACAGCGAAGAUACCCAGACUCGUGCUGCUCUGCAGGUCCGUUCUGCGAUUGAUUCUGUCACAGAUCGCCAUGCCGAGUCGUUGGACGGACUAGUUCUCGCCUUUGAACAGUCGCUCCGGUCAAAUGUAGAGCAGCUCUUUUUCCACAUGGAAGAACAACAUCAAAACGUAUUCAAUGUCGCGGAUACGUUUCGAUUACGUUCAGCAGAACUCAGCACCAACCUAGAAGUGAUGCAGGAGUCUGUAAUCGGUCUUCUCUUAGUCACAUCUCAAGCGGUUGCCGAGCUGGAGAUGCAUGUCGAGCAAGCACACUCAGCUAACCAUGCACAGCUUGCCGCGACCGACUCUGCCGUCAGGCUCACCGAAGCGCUCACUGAGCUCACUGACAAGACACACGCAGAGAUCGAGAAAAUCAACGGGACUGCCCUCGCUGUGAAGCAGGGCUUGCUUUCUGGGUCGUUUGAGCGUGAAACCUUUGGUUGGUAUUGGUCCACAUGGGGCAAAGCGGGCGUUGUAUAUUUGUUAGAGAUCAUUUUGCGAGUCAACCCGGUGUACCUGGAGUAUCUUACGGGUCUCCCUACGGUCCGCAUGUUGGCUCUUUGCUUCCGCCUAAUCUGGCAUUUAUUACAAGUCAGCUUCUCUUCGUUGAUGAGCAUGGCUGUCCUCCUGAUCUCGCUCAAACGGUGGCUCCCUACUCUCCGAAACGUUAAUGAAGAAGUUUGCAAUAAUCUUGCAGAGUUUACUGGGGUGCUCCCUAAACAGCAAGCAUGUCGCUCUCCUGUCGGUGUUGCGCAGUGGUCUUCAUCGACGCCUCUUCGCUACGGCUAUGAUUCCUACCCUGUGGCAAUCUCUCGGCGGCAACGUCCUCGUGUCUCUCGGGUACCGGACAGACUCUGCAACCCACAUCUCGACACGCCGCUCUGA